AUGGAAUCACGAAGUGCGCCGCCAAGCCCCGACGAGUCCGGGGAGGCGGUGUACGACAAUCGUUGUGGACGUUAUCCACAUACAACUGCUACUCUUCAGCGAACGUUUGCGAGCUGUCGCGAGACAACACGACCUCGCCCUCAUCACCGUCACGCAGCUUCGGAGCCUGCGCGUCCAGACGACCGCGUGCUUACCACGGCACAGGUACACGACUACCCGUCAUCGGAGUCGGGCAUCGCUGCCGACUGUCCACAUCCUCAUGCCAGUAACGCUGACGACAGUCCUUCUUACGAUCGAUCAGACUACGAAGGGAAUUCCAGUUACAGUUUAAGACACACUCCCGAUUAUCAUCACACACUAGAUUGUAAACAUCGACCAAUUGAUUAUAAUCGAAGCCAUACCCCAGAUUAUAAUCACGGACACGGAUCAGACUGCGAUCGCGCUCACGCUCGAUCUCAAACAUCUCGUCGGCCACAUAGAAAACACAGGCGAGAGGAGGAUGAUGGCGCACAGUCACUUGAUGAACGAUGUGCCAGAGACUUAGACGAAAUCCUGCCAGUAAGACUGGCCGCCGUAAAUUUGUCUAGGGAACCACCUCCUCAGACAUGGAAUAGGAGUAAUAUCGCUGCUACAAUGGAACGAUUUGAGCCAGUCGAUUAUUCUUACGCUUAUUAUGAUCACCAUUUAUCGAUGCCUUCGUCAUCAAGAAAGGUGAAUCGUCAACGAGGAAGAGGUGGGAUACCACGAGAUCGAUCAUCACGCCAUAAUUAUGUUACGAGGUACGGCACAGAAGAAAACAUUUAUGAAGAAAUCACGGACGGCUCUAGAACAUGUCCAAAGCAUCGAUACGCGCCACGCCAAUCACUGGUUUCUCUAGAUAGAAGUGUAGUCGAAGAGGAAGUUCGUCGUGUUGAAUCGCGACACAAACGAAUAUUAGGAGAAUUAAAUCUUAGUGUCGAGGCAAUGCUCAUGCCGGAAUGUGAAUCCCCGGAUUCAGAGCGUGCAGAAGACAGAGACAACAUCGAGGAACUGUUGAGAGUUGGGCCAACGGAUGAACUACUUUCACCGGCAAGUUGUAAUCCACCAGACUUAGAUAGCGGGUUUAGUGGAAGCAGUAGCGGAGCGAGUUAUGUCGGAAGUUUGCGUCGUAAACCAACAGGUUCAGUACCUCACUUGCCUGCUGUGGCGUACGGCACACGAGGAGCGGGCGUAAGAAUUUUAGGCGCCGAAGAGUGUGGCCUACGCUGUCCAAAAGAUGUUCCGUCACCACGUAGCUCGAGCUGUGGUGACGCCAAGACUAGCGGGUUUUGGAAUAAAAAAGCCUGGAAGAAAAUAUCAGGUUUCUCUAGUUCCAACAGCAUCAAUAAAGCUGGAUUAACUGGUCUGCUCGUUAGGUACACUUUCCGGCGUAAGUCCGGCUCGCAGGGCUCUCAGGGCAAGCGGCGUGCCGAGCCCGUCAAAUGCGAUGCGUGCCUCUCACAACGAUAUGACGCGUGUAGGCCAAGCAGAGCUAAAUCCAGAACGACCACUAUUCCAUACAGCUACUCCAACGGAAAACUGGUGGUGCCAUUGGAUUCCCUAGCACAAAGCUGA